AUGAUUAAACGCAAAUACAUAUUAGUCAAAAUUAAUGGCACACCAUUAAAUUUGCAACUUGACACAACACCAGAUGUAACAAUAAUUUCUGGAGACAAUUGCAAAAAAAUCAAAGCCGAUAAUGUUAGCGAAUCAGAACAUACAGCACGCAGCGCAACAGAUGAGCUACCAUUGUCAGCAAAAUUUAAAUGCAACGUAGAAUAUCGAAAUCAACAGCAAAGUUUAACUUGUUUUGUUACUCCUAUACAAAAUCUCAACGUAAUGGGUUUAGAUUGGAUACAAGAAUUGAACUUAUGUAAUAUGCCAAUAAAUUCUAUUUGUAAUAAUAUUCGUCAGAAUCAGGAUAAUGUGUUCGAUGGCAAAAUGGGGUUAUGCACAAAAACAAAAGCAGUAAUCACAACGAAACCAAACGUUCAGCCAGUAUUUAGGCCAAAGCGUCCAGUCGCAUAUGCGGUACAACAACUAGUUGAAGAUGAACUCAAAAGACUCCAAGAAUUAAAGGUUAUUUCACCAGUAAACUUCUCCGCAUGGGCAGCACCUAUAGUUGUUGUGAAAAAAACAAACAGAAACGUAAGCAUAUGUGCUGAUUUCUCAACUGGUCUUAACAACUGCCUCGAAUCACAUCAAUACCCAUUACCAUUACCAGAAGAUAUAUUCUCAAAACUGGCAAAUUCAAAAAUAUUUAGCCAUAUAGAUUUAUCGGAUGCAUUCUUACAAAUCGAGGUUGAUGACGCAUCGAAACAUCUACUAACAAUAAAUACACACAUUGGGCUAUUCCAGUACAACAGAAUGGUUUUUGGAAUAAAAACAUUUCCAGUAAUUUUUCAACAAAUUAUGGACCAAAUGUUAGCAGGACUAAAUUGCACUGCAUUGUAUAUUGAUGACACAUUUGUUUUCGGUAAAACAGCAUCUGAACAUACAGACAAUUUAUAUGCAGUUCUUACAAGGCUACGUGAUUAUGGGUUUAAAUUAAAAUACGAAAAAUGUAAUUUCUUUGAAACUGAAAUUAAGUAUUUACGGUACAUCAUCAAUCAAGAAGGGUUAAAAUCUGAUCCAGAACGUAUUGCCGCUAUCAAGCAAAUGGCAGAACCAUCCAAAAUUAGAAUUACUAAUAAUUUACUUAAGUUAAAUCUAAAAUGGAAAUGGGACGCGAUACAUCAGAAGUGUUUCCAUCAUUUUAAAGCUAUAAUGUCAUCAAAUUUAUAA